CAGGAAUAGUUUUUCAUCCAUUUUCAAUUAUUUUUAUUAUCGUAUAAGUGCAUUUCGACUUGAUCUUUCUGCGAAGGAAGUAAUAAGAGCGUUUCGAAUGAGUUGUGUUUGAGAGAAAAAGGAGAAGAAAACGUAUUUUUCAAUCCAUGCCGACACAAAGUCGCGUUUUUAUCAUGUCGAUUUUAUCGAAAAAAUUCUGUUCCCCGGAAGAUAUAGAGAAGAGAAAUUCAGAAAUAACAACUAACGAAAAACAUGAGAUGCAGAAAUAUGAGAAGAGGAUUUUGCAAUGCGUUCUAGCGGAGAAGAUAACGAUAAUGGAUCUUAAACAUUGGGCGUUCUUUCAUAUGCUAAAGUCGGAAUUCAUCCGACAAAUUCACAUGGUUAUGGUAUUUGGUGUCUCUGGUAGAAACGCUAUAAUCUUGACGAAGGACAAGAAUGUGUACGAUUUAAGUUAUAAUGAAGAUUCAAAGACUGGUGGCAUACUUAUUGCUCCCAACUUAAAUCAAGUAAAAGAAUUAUGUGGAAAAAACAUAAAGACUUUUGCUUGCGGCUUGUAUUUCAUCCUGGCACUUACAGAAGAGGGAGAGGUUUACAUCUGGAAAUUCGAUAAACACAGAUUUAUUAAGAAAUGGCCUAUCAAGUCCGCAUUUACUCAAGUCUCCGGCUUUAACAAGAAACGUAUCGUGGACAUUGCAUGCCGCUUUCAUCAUUUUCUCGUUUUGACCAGCGAUGGAAAGGUGUAUGCUUGGGGAGACAAUAUUUAUAUGGAGAAUGGUAGUGAAAACACAGUUAUUUUUAAUGGUAAGGUGAGCCAAGUAAAACAUGGAUUGAAGAAGAAGAAUGUAAUUCAUAUCGCAUGUGGUAAAAAAUUCAAUAUGGUUAUAACUGACGAAAACAAACUAUAUGGUUGGGGCAUGAACGACCAAGGCCAGAUUUCAACCAUACAGUCGCAAGAACAAUACGCAUAUCCACACGAAAUUACCACAUUCUCGGAUAAAAUAGUUAAAAUGGUCUCUGGAGAACUGCAUACGUUGGCGCUCUCAAAUAAAGGAGAGAUCUAUGCCUGGGGCAAUAACAAAUAUGGACAACUGGGCGUAUAUAACAACUUCAACUCCUCCGAUCCAAUCAUGGUGAACGUGCCACAAAUGGGAAAGGUUUUGAAUGUUGAGGCCAGUGAUUUUACGAGCGUUGCCGUCGGCUAUGAUAGGACCAUCUAUGUAUGGGGUCAUAACUUCAAUCAAAUGUUUAUUAAACCAUUACCCACGAAAUUUUUAAGGAUUUUUGAUGUGUUUGCGUACAGUAUGCAUAAAACUAUGUGCAAUCCAUUGAUUGUGCAUGAUUCUUUACACACUGUAAGAAUUACAAAUAAUUACAAUUACAAGACUGAAGAAGUAUUAAAAAUAUUAGAAUCCCUAGGAGCAGCAUUCGAUGAUUCGUUUACGAGCGAUCUUACCAUACGAGUCGAAGGACGACCUAUUUAUGUUCACAAGGCUGUCCUUAAGAUUCGUUGUCAGUAUUUUAAAAACAUGUUUCAACAUAAUUGGACUAAAAAUAUUCAAAGCAUAACGGAUUCGAUGUACACGGUCUCAGAGAAAUUUUCUUACGUCGUUUAUAAAGCCUUCUUGGAAUAUUUAUAUACUGGCAUAAUCGAUUUACCUUCGGAGAAUGCAUUAGAACUUAUGGAAUUGGCCGACAUGUAUUGUGAAACCAAUCUUAAGAAAGAUUGCAUUCAGAUAAUAAAGCAAGCCAUCACUGUGUCAAAUGUAGCAUUCUUUUACAAUAAAGCGAUCAAUUACAAUGCUAAAGACCUCCAGGAGUUUUGUUUCCAGUUUGCUUUGCGCCACAUAACAGUUAACACAUUAUCGAAAGAUUAUAUUAAUAAAUUAGAUAUGAAUACGAAGACUGAGAUUGUACACAAAGAAUUGAUACAAAAUCACGUUACUGCCACGUCGACAUCCUAUUCUCCGAAUAACAAUGUAGAGGAGAGAAAUUCAGAAACAACAACUAAAAAAAGUGAGAUGCAAGAAUAUGAGAAGAGAAUCUUGCAGUGCAUUCUAGCGGAGAAGAUAACGUCAACGGAUCUUAAAAAUUGUCCGUUCUUUCACAUGUUAAAGUCAGAGUUUAUUCUACAAAUUCACAUGUGUCGCCAUGGUAGUAAAACUAUAAUUGUGACGAAGGACAAGAAUGUUUACUACUUAGAGAAUUAUGCAGAUAAUUAUUCAACGAUUCAUCACAUACAUACUGGCCUCCAUACAAAAAAGAUAGAAGAAUUGUGUGGAAAAAAUAUGAAGACUUUUGCACACAGCUUGUAUUUCAUCUUGGCACUUACAGAAGAAGGAGAGGUCUAUUUCGCGAAAAAAAUUAAUAUCAGUUGGGGGUUUGACAUACCCACAUUUAUUCGAGUCGCCGGCUUAAGCGACAAGCUUAUUGUGGACAUUGGUUGCGGACAGCGUCAUGGUCUCGCUCUGACUAGCGAUGGAAAGGUGUAUGCUUGGGGAAAAAAUUGGGAAGAAUAUGAUUCAAAUGAAAGUGAUUCGGAAGAUAGUGAUUGGAAUGAAAUUUAUUUGCAAAAUGUUAGUCAAUUUGAUAAAAACACAACUUAUUUUGAUGUGAGGCAGGUGAAACAUAAAUUGGAGAAAAAAAAGGUUGUCCAUAUUGCGUGUGGCCCAAGUUUCAACAUAGUUGUAACUGACAAAAAUAAAUUAUACGGUUGGGGCAAUAACAUGGGACGCCAGAUUUCAAACGACGAGCUGUAUUAUUACAAAUACCCACGCAAAAUUAUCACACUCUCGGACAAAAUAAUUAAGGUGGUCUGCGGAGAUGAGCAUACCUUGGCGCUCACAAGUAAAGGCGAAAUCUAUGCCUGGGGCUCGAACUCAUAUGGAGAACUAGGUGUAAAUAGCAACCAGGAACCCUCCGGACCGAUCGUGGUGAACAUCCCCGAGAUGGGAAAGGUUUUGGAUAUCGUUGCUUAUCGUAGCUCGAGCGUUGCCGUUGGCUGUGAUAGGAUUAUUUAUGUGUGGGGUCAUUUUUAUCACGAUUUUUGGAUUACUACACCGUUUGCUACGAAGUUUUCGAACAUUCAUGAUGCGUUUGCGCACAGUAUGUGGGGAAGCAUGCACAAUUCAUCGAUUGUGUUUACGAAUACUUUCAAGUAUAUUGAAGAUGUAUUGAAUAUAUUGGAGUCUCUAAAAGCAAUAUUUGAUGAUCAGUUGUCAAAUGAUCUUACCAUACUAGUCGAAGGACAACCUAUUUAUGUUCACAAGGCUAUUCUUAAGAUUCGUUGUCAGUAUUUUAAAAAUAUGUUUCAACAUGAUUGGACUGAAAAUAUUCAAAGCAUAUCGGAUUCAGUGUACACGGUAUCAGAGAAAUUUUCUUACGUCGUUUAUAAAGCCUUCUUAAAAUAUUUAUAUACCGGCAUAAUCGAUUUACCUUCGGAGAAUGCAUUAGAACUUAUGGAAUUGGCCGAUAUGUAUUGUGAAACCAAUCUUAUAAGAGAUUGCAGUCAGAUAAUAAAGAAAGUCAUUACUGUGUCAAAUGUAGCCUUCUUCUACAAUAAAGCUAUCGAAUGCAAUGCUAAGGAACUCGAGGAAUUCUGCUUCCAGUUUGCUCUGAGUCAUAUGAAAGCUGUAGUAUUAUCGGAAGAGUAUAUUAAGUUAGACACGAGUACAAAGGAUAAUUUUAUACGCAGAGCAGCUAAAGGAAAUACUUUCGAAAUAUGAUUCUUUUGACAUAAAUUUCGAGCUAAAUCGCAGAUCGUUUUUUUAUUCCUAUACAUGAAUCAUUGAAGCUAUAUAUGUUCAAUAAUUU